CGUAGCAGUCGAAAACCUUGGCUGGGAAGAGGAGGGCAGCAAUCCUUAAAUCAAAGCGAGCGCCGUCUGAGGAGUCUUGCUCUCUCUCUCUCUCUCUCUUCUUAUCUUCUUCUCCCCCAAAACCCCAUCGGACCCAAAAACCCUAACGAAGAUGAAUAGGGAGAGGCUUAUGAAGAUGGCGGGUUCUGUCCGCACUGGUGGAAAGGGUACCAUGAGAAGAAAGAAGAAGGCUGUUCAUAAGACCACCACGACAGAUGAUAAAAGGCUUCAAAGCACCCUGAAGAGGAUUGGGGUGAAUGCCAUCCCCGCAAUUGAAGAAGUCAACAUUUUUAAGGAUGAUGUAGUUAUCCAGUUUUUGAAUCCCAAAGUUCAAGCGUCUAUUGCUGCAAAUACCUGGGUAGUUAGUGGUUCUCCUCAGACCAAGAAGCUACAGGAUAUCCUCCCUGGCAUCAUCAACCAAUUAGGUCCUGAUAACUUGGACAACCUGAGGAAGUUGGCAGAGCAAUUCCAGAAGCAGGUGCCUGGUGCGGCCACUGGUUCUGGUGCCACUGGAAUGCAGGAUGACGACGACGACGAAGUCCCCGAGCUUGUACCUGGCGAGACUUUUGAGGCCGCCGCUGAAGAGGGUCAGGCGACUCAGGUGACUGAGGCGACUCAGGUGACUGAGGCCACUAAGGUGACUGAGGCAACUCCGGCCUCCUAGAGAGAGGGAUUGUUAUUGUCAUUUCAAUACUUGUAGUGCUAUUAAAAUCCUUAUUUUCUCUCAUUUGUCUGUCUUUCCAUUGUACUUUUAACGAACUGUUUUAAUCUCGUGAGGCUUGUGAAAUCUGAGCAGUUCUCUUACUCAAAUCGCUGAAUAUUUGUCUGGCAAGAUCAAGUAUUGGCGUUUCAGAUGCGGAUUCUUCAGAUCUCUGAGUUUUACUUUAUCAUAAGGAGUAAGCGGUUA